CGUCGUCCGAGGUCAUUCAUUCGUUGUUUAUCAGGUGUGUGCUCUUUAUUUCUGUACAAAAAAAUGAAUAAUUUGGGCUUAAAUCCAAAGCCCUAAAAAGUUUCCACAAAUCCCUGAGGCAAUCAGGAAAAUCCUAAUGCAUGAAGUAGAUGGUUGUCUUAUGCUCUGACAAUGGCUUCUAAAACCCUAAUGAUCAAGGCUCACAAAAAGCAGCUUAGCCACAUGUUCUAUCACCGGGGGCUCUUUUCCUCUGCUAAGGAUGUUUGCUUUCUGGUGGUUUUCUUGUCUGCUGUUUUCAUUCUGGCCGUAUGCGAGCCUUGUGCAGUAAAAGAAGUGCAAAAUCAGUGCAAAUUCGAGGGGUGCCGAAAUUUUGACUCUCAAGGUGUGGCUGAUGGUUAUGUAGGUUCAGCAUCAGUGUUAAGAAAUCCAGUUAGGCAACAUUAUUCACAGAAUUUAUGUCAUCCUUCCGAUUUAUUUUGUUUCCCAUCAACACUGUCUGUGUUUGAAGAUGACGAAAUUGGUGCUGAAUUGGAGGAAUUAGAUGCAUCUGAGCUUCAAUCUGAAGGUUUUUCAUCUGUGUUAAAGGGGAAACGUAAUCUGAAUGAGUUACCUUACCAAGGCAACUUUAGGUUCUUGUGUGGGAGAAAAGUUUCUUGUUAUUCAUACCAAGAAGAUGGUUUUCCUGAGUUAUCAUCUGGUGAAUCCAUCUCAAGAAAUGGCCUAAGGACUGAUGUUUCUUCUUGUGUUAACCCUCUAUUGGACAAAACGAUUGAUACCAAUGGGUCUUCAUUUAGCUUCGAAGAUGGCUUGUCCACACCACCUGUGGAAAUAAACCCUUCGGUGCUUAAUUGGGGGCAUAGGAAUAUGUACCAUUCCUCCUUAGCCUAUUUAAAUGUGACGAAUUUAGAUAAAAAUAAUGUUUUGAGAAUCUAUGAUCCUUCUAGUAGUGACCCCCAAUUUUAUCCAUGCGAUUCGAGUGAUUUAUUGUUGGCUCCAGGGGAAAAUGCAUCGAUAUGUUUCGUUUUUCUCCCCACACGUCUGGGAUUAGCCUCAGCAAAACUAAUCAUACAGACGAGUUUAGGUGGGUUUUUGAUUCAGGGGAAAGGCUUUUCUGUAGAGUCCCCUUAUCAGAUACAUUCUGAGGGUAGUCUCGACAUUUCCCCUGGUAGUCGGCGGAGAAAGAGUUUAUCUUUGUUCAACUCUCUUGAUGAAACACUUCAUGUGGAGGAGUUAACUGCUUGGAUAUCCAUUUCAUCAGGAAAUAAUAAUACCUCUCGAUUGUCAAAAUCUAUUUGCCGUGCUCAUCACAGAGAUUAUUCGAGUGACUAUAAUGUCUUGAAUGCUAAAGACUGGUUGGCUGUAGAAAGAGGUGGUGGAGAUGGUAAACCAUUAAUUGCAUUGAGGCCUCGUGAAAAUUGGGUGAUUGGUCCUAAAAAAACAGAGACUUUUGUGGAAUUAGAUAUUUCUGGCCAUUUUUUUGAAGGGAAAAUUGUUGGGGCUCUCUGUAUGAAGCUGCUGAGGACUCCAAACAGUGAGAUUGAAACUGUAGUGGUACCUCUUGAGGUAGAAAUGAGUCUCGAAAAGACUGCUUUAAAAACUACAGGUCUUGUUUCAUUAUCUCUUGAGACCUUAGCUCCAUGCAAAUGCAAUACUAGCAAGUCAGCUCGUGUUGCCUUGUCUCUUAGAAAUGAUGCCCCGUAUUCAUUGAGGCUUACCAAGGUGAAUCAAGAUGGGGAGAGUAAAGCAAGUUUCGAAAUUAAAUCUCUUGAAGGAAUUAUUCUCUUCCCCAACGCCACCACACAAGUUGCUUUUGUUCAUUAUGCUAAUAUGGAAACUCGUGAAGUUGACCCAAGCUGCAAAAUAACUGUACUGGUCAAUGACACGAGUUUUUCUCGGAUGGAAAUCCCGUGCAGCGAUGUGAUUGGUGUUUGUUCUGGGUGUCUGUUAGAAUCGUCUGUUGGAUAUACUCAGAGGAUUAAUGUUGAUUAUGUUAAUGGCGGGGAGAGAUUCUUCAGCAGUGGGUUGUUGCCGCAUUCUAGUGUCAAGGUAGAGAACACCAGAGAAUCAGAUGAACUGAUACUGAAGAACUGGAAAUCUCAAUCUACCGUGAGCUCACUCUCUAUUCUCGAUAAGAAAGACAUACUCUUUCCAGUGGUUCUGGUCGGAAAUUAUUCUUCUCAAUGGAUAACCGUAAAAAACCCGACCCAAAAACCAAUCGUGAUGCAGCUCAUUCUAAACUCUGUGGAAGUCAUCAACAAUUGCAGAAUACCCGAGAUACUUCUACAGCCAUCUUCUUCCAAUACUUUGGUGGGUAAUAAUAAUACUAUUGGCCCUACAAAGUACGGUUUUUCGAUAGCCAAAGAUUCAUCGACUGAAGCUUUUAUUCAUCCGUACGGUGUUGCUACUCUUGGCCCCAUCAUUUUUCAACCUUCCAAUAGAUGUGAAUGGAAAAGCUCGGCUCUAAUUCGAAAUAAUCUCUCUGGUGUAGAGUGGUUAUCUCUGCAAGCCUUUGGAGGCUCUCUUUCGUUAGUACUCCAUGAAGGGCAUGAUUAUCCCGUGCAGAGUUUAGAAUUUAAGUCGAAUUUGUCGAGUAAGCUGAAUUUUUCUUUUCCAGAGACGUUAAAAACUUCUUAUUGUUCACAGUCCAUGACAAAAGAGGUAUUUGCCAAGAAUACGGGAGAUAUUCCUCUCGAAGUUGUUCGAAUCAAAGUCUCGGGAGCAGAAUGUGGAUUGGAUGGGUUUGUUGUACAUAAUUGUGCUGGCUUUUCUCUUCAACCUGGCGAACAAGCAAAGCUUCACAUAUCUUACAGUUCUGAUUUCACUUCAGCAACAGUAAAAAGAGAUCUUGAACUGGUGUCGACAGCUGGCAUCUUAGUGGUACCUAUGGAAGCAAGUAUUGUACCCACAUGCUCGAUCGAUUUCUGUCGAAGAUCGAUAUUUUGGAUGCGGGUCAAGAAAGCCAUUGUCGUGUUGAUUUUCGCGGCUUCUUUAAUAUAUUUCAUAGUUUCGCUAUUAUUUCCCCACAUGAAUAAUAAUACGGCUUCUGCAAAGUGGAAUUCAUUGAAUGUAAGUCAUAAUUGGAAAAUCGCGAAAUCAGUUUCCAGUGAAGAGGCAUUGCUCUUGGAAUGUUGUGAUCCAUCUUCUGAGAUUUCGAGUCCUUCAUCGGUUUUGAAUUUGGAUACAGAGCACAAAAUAAUCGAGCCGUGUGGUGAUCUGAGGGUUAGAGUUGGAAAGGAGAAAGGAAAAAGAUCACGGAGGAAAAAGAAAAGCUCGGGUUUAGCUGUACUACUUUCCGAAGCCUCGAGCAGUCAAAGUGGCAAUUCUACCCCUUCAUCUCCUUUGUCACCAACAGGCGCAUGCACAUCAACACCGAAAAGAAAAGGCGAAAACCCGGUUAUCGAGGCUAAAAACCCGUUUUCUCAGAGAAGUAAAGGCCCUGAAAAUUUGUCUAAGGUCAAUAAGCUUGUGGAUAAUACUGAAGUUUCUUCAAAAUCCAAACUUGACAAAGAUUUCGCGCAUGAGAAGUCGGUUUUGACGAGGAAAGUGGCUAGCAAAGCAGCUGUUGUACCUUCUGCAGCUGUUGUUGUACCUUCUGCAACUGUUGUUGUACCUUCUGCAGCUUCUUCGAACUCCCCAAUUGCUCCUCACUCUCGGGCUCCAGGGGCAAAACUGCAAAGCCGGAAAAAAGUUGAAUGUGAGGAAGAACAGAAUUAUACUUAUGAUAUAUGGGGGAAUCAUCUGUUUGGGCAUCAUUUGGCUUACCAGUCGAGAGAAGUAUCGAGUAAACCUUCUUCUUCGUCUUCAGCUGAAAAUGAUUCUGAUAGCUUCUUUGUAAGGGGCCCACAAACCCUCAUUAUGAACAACACUCUGCUGCAAUCUGUGAUUUCUGAUUUGAAGGGUAAUGAAUAAUUAAUUAAGUACUACUCGAUAAAAUUUCUGUGCAGUUUUUUUUUUUUCAGAGUUUGGUUUUGUAUAUAGUUGUUGAUAAAAAUGACAUAAUAAAAAACAGAGAUCACUGGUUUAAGACCACUAAACUUAAACACUAAUGCCAGGAGUCAUAAUUAAUCCUAUAUUCCAGUUAUGAUUCAUAAUUAAUUAUGUCCACUAAGGCUUCUACUCAACCAUGCUAAAUUGUAUUUUAUAGAAGCCUUUGGCUUAUUUUUACUGUACUCUUCAAAUGAAAAGCUGGAAUGAUCUUAGGCUUGUGGGUUUUGGUCUACAACUAAUUCAGAUAUUCCAAAAAUGAAGUUGAGCUGAUGCAAAUUUAUGAUUUCUG